UAAGCUCCCUCAAAGCUCGAGAGGCACCGACACUAACACAUCGCGGCGCUGCUCUUCGAGUCGAAGUGCGCAGAGGGCGAGGAGAGUGAGAACCGAGAAACGAGGAGGUUCCACCUCUUCCCAUGGCGUUCUUGUUUCAGAAAUUUCAAGAGGCCGUGAAAAAUUUUGCGAAGAAUCCCAUGUUCGCGAGAGAUCCGAGGCAGCUCCAAUUCGAAACAGAUAUAAAUCGCCUGUUCCUAUACACCAGCUACAACCGUUUAGGUGGGGAUGCUGAAGAGUCAGAUGCAGAGGAGCUUAUUCAGAUGGCCAGUAAAGCUUCUGUUGCUGAUCAACAAAAGCAAGUCCAAGAAAAUGUCCAUUCUCAACUUAAAUCUUUUUGCACAUUCAUGGAUGAGAUUCUUCUUCCCGAUGUUAAUAAGACAAAUACUGCUCCAGCAGUUGAUUCUCCAGUAUCAAGUAAAGCUCAUCAUCGUAGUGGCCUUAGUUUUGCUGUAGGUGGAAGUGGAUCAACUGAGAAAAGAUCUGCCAUAACGGAGACAAGGCCAUGGAAAUGCACUGAAGUCUCUCAAAGAUUAAAGGAUCGUAUGGGCUACACCCUUGCUGUUAAACCAUCUCAAAUUCCACAUAAGGAUGCCGGCCAAGGUUUAUUUAUAGAUGGCGAGGCUCAAGUCGGUACCGUGGUAGCCUUUUACCCUGGGGUCAUAUAUUCCCCUGCAUAUUACCGGUAUAUUCCUGGAUAUCCUCGGGUUGACGCUCAGAACCCAUAUUUAAUCACUAGGUAUGAUGGCACCGUGAUAAAUGCUCAGCCUUGGGGUGCUGGUGGCGAUGCCCGAGAAGUGUGGGAUGGCUCUAGUGCAAUGGAUAUCAACCCUAAUAUGCAAAACAAUGAAAGUGCAUCUGACCGGGUUUGGAAGGUCCUUAGUAAGCCUUUGGAAGGAAGACAAGGGGGAAAUAAUGUCGAUGUGUUGGAGCGUAGAAAUCCACUUGCUUUGGCUCAUUUUGCUAAUCACCCUGCGAAGGGCAUGGAUCCAAAUGUAAUGAUUUGUCCUUAUGACUUUCCUCUGACUGAGAAGAACAUGAGAGCUUAUAUUCCAAAUAUAUUGUUCGGAAGGGUAGAAGAAGCUAAUAUGAGAAGAUUUGGCAGCUUUUGGUUCAAGUGGGGAGGUUUAGGGAAUAGCGGGUUAGAGAUUCCUACUUUGAAGACAAUAGUUCUGGUGGCUACUCGGGCACUAUGUGAUGAAGAAGUGCUCCUGAACUACCGUCUGAGUAAUGCAAAGCGACGACCAGCAUGGUAUGUUUCAGUUGAUGAAGAGGAAGAACGAAGAAGGUGGAGCUAGGCUGGUGAUUGUUGGGACAUGGACACUGCCUGGUCUCUGUACAAGAGAACUUUGUCACUGCUUAGGAUUGUAAUGCGAGUUCAUGCUACUUUUUCAUUGGAUGUUUCAGGGAUCAUAUACCUCAGCUUCAGAGCUGCAGUGGUCGACUUUUCUUUAGUUGCUGGAUUCUAGCUUCUCAGGAAGGCGAGAGGUACCAGUUCCACAAGUUCUUGUCAUAUUUUUGGGAUAGGCAGCAAAACUGUUGCUGAAAUUGAUGUUACUUUUGUUGUGCUUUAGAAAGAUUAGGAAAAUAAUGCACAUUGCCAUAUGAAUAAUUUAUUUUCACCAUUCUUUUUGGUGAUACCAUUGAAAUUCUAACACAGGCGACUUUGAAAUGUCA